AUGUCGACCGACUCCUCGGAGGAGCUAGCCGUGAUCCGGGCGGCGCGCAUGGGCAGCGCAGCCACUCCGAGCCGUUAUCACCCCGCGCCGCCAGCCGUUGCCGAUGACCCCAUGAUCGGCGGGCCAGUGGUCGUUGGACACGAGAGGGGAGGCACCUCGAAAGGCCACGCCACCACGGUGCUUUACUUUCUGACAGCUAGCGCCAUCUUAGUCUCUGUCGUCUCACUCGUGGUUGGCCUGAUGCCAUGGCGACUAUUCGGCCUGGGAGGCGGGAGAGACCUGUACGGAGGGGGCCAGUCACUGGCCGCCGAUGACAGGGACACCGACGGAAAGGCGCCGGCCGUCAUCAGGCCCUACCGACACCCUGACCACGACGGCGACUCCGAGACGCGCGUCUGCGCCACGGUGGCCUGCGAGAAAGAAGGAGGCGCGUUGUUCCGCCAGCUCGAGUUUCACCAGGAGCCCUGCGACGACUUCUACGCGUACGUGUGCAAGCGCUGGGAGACGGCGCACAAGCUGCCCUACGGCGCGGCUCGGCUUUCCAUGGACGACACGCUGUUGGACGAGUACGAACUCAUGCUGGCCGACAUCAUUCAGCGGGGCCGACCGGGCUACGAGGCCGUCAAGGACAUCUUCCUGCGCUGCGAGUAUCCGCGCAAGGGUGACACUCACUGGCUCGACGUCCUGGCCAAGAUUGGCCUUCGGCCGUUCCCGGUGGUGUUGAAACCCGGAACCACUCUCGACAAGGUCGUAAAGGACCUGAUGACCAUCGGAAUCCAGCCACUCUUCAGCCUUUCGGUGGAGCGCAGUGUCGAGAACCCAGAGCAGUCUUACCUCCUCAUCGGACAACCGGAGCUUCUCAUGGGGCCGCUGCGACUUGGUCUGGACAUCGAGUACUCCUAUCUAGAUGAUGCCCUCUCGGGCUUUAUCAGUGAAAUAUCUGAGCAGAACCAUACGGCCCGCAGUAACGUGCUCAAGGUGGAGCGCUUCCUCUCUGCGUCUAUGGAUCGGCACCAGAUCGAAGGAUCGGGUCUCAACGACGAGCUCGUCGACGUGACCGAACAGUUUCCGAAGCUCGCUCGACGAGUACGAACCAUAGUCGCCGAUGCUUUUGGAACAGAUUUGUCAAAGCGACCUCUCAAGACCUACUCGCUCAAGUACUUGCACGCAUUGGAGUCUGGUGACUUGACCGCGAACAUCGGCGAGUACUUGAACUACCUUGCCUUCCGCACGGCAGUAGAGAUCGCUGCCGACAAUGAGAUUGACCUCGGCGACCUUAUGGCAGUCUUGUACUCCCGCUACGCCGGGUACCCAGCUCCAAGACCGAUCACGCGUCGCAGACUGUGCAUCCGAAUGAUGAACCGGUUUGAACCGGCUCUCAUUAUGCACAUGAGCAUGGACACAACAGCUACAAAACUGGGAGGCAAGGCUUCCUUCAACUCGCUCCUCGAUCUCUUGGAGACCGUACUCAACGAAACGCUGUACGCUCAGACAGAGUUCGACAAGGAUUUCCGGGACAGCUUAGUGGAGUCCGUAGCUGCAAUUAAUUGGGAGCCCAUCGUUCCGGACGCGGUGACGUCACACAACGAACUCUUCCGGCGUCUGGUCUCAAUUUACGAGACCGCUUCCGGUAGCAAGAGGGUUAUUGAGAGCUACAUGGCGCUGUCUACCAUGUUCCGGUAUCGCGACUUUGCCCAGAAGGAUUUGGACAAAUGGGUCGGCUGGCGAGGAGGCAUGCUGAGCACGUAUGCCCACCUGGACGCGCCGUUCCUAAAGCUGGAAGUCCCAUUCCCGGUCUUCGACUUCCUUCGUGAUCCGGAUGCAUCGAUGGAACGUUUCCAGAUUCCGCGGGUUGGCACACGAGUUUUCUACGCCCUUUACCACGGCAUCUACCACUUGGCCUACAACUACGGUGCCGGGAAGAAGCCGACUCUCUUCGUGGCCAAGUUGCACGCGCUCAUGGACUGUCUGGGCAGGCAGUAUGGCAAGCUACGCUGGACCGAAUCCCGUCGACGCAUCAGUCGCAACUCAUAUUACUCCAACCUCUUGGACUUCUUGGCACUGGAGCCGACGUACCAUGCCUACCUGCGCUAUGCUGACCGAGCCAGCAGAGAAGAACGGCUGCCCAAGCUCGAGAACCUGACGCCCCGACAGCUGUUUUUUGUUGAGUACGCGCGCAACUUUUGCGAGGUGAACAACGCCACGUUCCUGGACCGAGUGUUGGACGAAGGCACGAAGGCUCCCGGGUGGUACAGGGUAAACGGGCCUUUGCGGAACUUCAAACCGUUCGCCGAUGCGUUCAUGUGCAAAACCAACUCGUUCAUGAAUCCGCUGCAUCGGUGCGCUCUCAAGUAG